CUGCGUCCUGACUGGGACGUCCCACUGGAAAUGUCUUCUGUGUGAAGUGGUGAGGCUGUUAGAUCGUCCCGGGCCCCCGCACACUGCUGACUUCUCUCUUCUGGUGUCCCUGCUCUGCAAAGCGAAAGACUUUAAAGAUGAGGGUGUGGAUUGUCUUUGUCCUGUGCCUGGCUGGCCACGCCAUGGCUGCCCCUACUGAGGAGGAGGCCAUCGUGGACGAGCUGGUGACUGAGGAGCCAGUUGUUGAGGAGCCUGAGGUGGGGGCCAACCCAGUGCAGAUUGAGGUCGGAGAGUUCGACGAGGCCAUCGAUAUCGGUGAAGAGGUUGAAGAAGUUGCUGCUGAGAAUCUCUGCCUGAACUACCACUGCAAGAAGGGAAAGGUGUGCGAGGUCGACGAGGGCAACACCCCCAUGUGUGUGUGCCAGGACCCCUCCACCUGCCCUCCUGCUGAGGGAGAUUUCGAGCAUGUUUGCGGCACCGACAACAAGACCUACGACUCCUCUUGCCACUUCUUUGCCACCAAGUGCACCCUGGAGGGAACCAAGAAGGGCCACAAGCUGCACCUCGACUACGUCGGACCCUGCAAAUUCAUCGAGCCCUGCAUGGACACCGAGCUCAACGAGUUCCCUCUGCGUAUGAGGGACUGGCUGAAGAACGUUCUGGUGACUCUGUACGAGCGCGACCAGGACAACAACCUGCUGACCGAGAAGCAGAAGCUCAGGGUGAAGAAGAUCCACGAGAACGAGAAGCGGCUGCAGGCCGGUCCUCACUCUCUGGACCUGCUCGCUCACGACUUCGAGAAGAACUACAACAUGUACAUCUACCCCGUUCACUGGCAGUUCGGCCAGCUCGACCAGCACCCCGUCGACGGAUACCUGACCCACACAGAGCUCUCCCCCCUGCGUGCUCCUCUCAUUCCCAUGGAGCACUGCACCACCCGCUUCUUCGAGGAGUGCGAUGCCGAUGACGACAAAUACAUCGCCCUGGAGGAGUGGGCCGCAUGCUUCGGCCUCAAGGAGCAGGACGUGGACAAAGAUCUCAUCAUCUAAGCUCCUCAGCAGCAGCAGCAGCAGUUUGACAACUCCUAGUCGCUACUAACGGGACGAGGUGCUGAUCCCUAAGUUAAAAAAAGAAAAAAAAUCACAGUAACGGUGCUAAUUGCAAAUUAUUUUUUUUGUUUUGUUUUUUUAAUAAUGAUCUUUCCUACCUAUACCACUAAAAAAAAAAAAAGAUUACAAAAGAGAAAUGUGCACAGUCUGUACUAACAUCACAUGUUCAUGCAACACCCAGUAAAGAAACUAAAGACCUCUGAUGUAAAUGUAUGUUGUUGACAAUAUUAUAUAUAUGUUGUGAUUAGUUCAGGGCUUUAAUUGGAGAUCAAUUUGAUUAUCUUGAGGAGACAAAACUGUAAAGUCAAAAAUAAAGUUUCUAAAUAAAUGCUCCCUCUGCUUGCUUUCUACAAAA